GCAAAAGUAGGUGAAAAUUUGAACAGUAAGGACUAUGAACACAUAUGAAGAGUGUAUAAACUAUGUGCCUGAAAGAAAUGUUCCCCGAAGUUUGCAUAUACAGAGCAGUACAUUGCCCGAGGGUCAUCCACAUGCCAGAGGUUUGGAAUGCUUCACAGCGCCUGCCAUCUUACAGGAAAGGAGUAUCCACACUGCAUACCAAGAACCCUUGCAGCUCUUCCGCUUCAACACCAUGAACUUCCCUUGGCGAGAAUCUUUGACAGCAGUGCACGAGAACGAAUAUCCGGAUGUUCUGCGGGAGCCUCGAGCUCGAGCACGCGCGCUGCAGGCUGGGCAAGGCGUGGAUUCGGUGAACUCCAACCUGGAGAUUUUGCUAGAUCCCAACGAGCCCGACUUCAUGCACAUACCUACUCAACCGAUGAACAUGGACAAGACUGACUCUUUGCAGGUGAGUUUGAGGAAAAUGACCACCUUCGAACGGAAGAGUUGGUUGAGAGAUAACUGGGACAACUUCCAAAUUCUGAAACUGCAUAACCGUUCCGAUCAGUUCGAAGACCGAAUGCGGCGAUUUCUUUGUGGUGAAAGUGACAAUGUUAUGAACUCACAGACUCGCCGGUUGUUGAUGGCGUCGAAUUCGUCAUCUGAAUCCAACGUCACUGAUGACACCUUGAUGCCGGUUGAGGCCAUGAACAAUAUUGAUGAGCAGAGAAUAUGUCAAAAGGAGGGGAACGAUGAAAAGGGCAACUUCUGUACUAAACGCUUCUUCAUAACAUGGAUGUCACCUGUAAGUUCUUUCGGUCCCCGAGAGCGACUUGGUCUGCAAAGCAUCUUUAAGUGGCACCCACAUGCCUGUGUUGUGAUACUUUCGAGGACAAUGGAUUCUGACGAAGGUCAAAUUAUUCUGGAGCCGUUUAUCGAGAGAGGUUACAGAAUCAUGGCCGUGACACCCAACGUUAUUUCUCUCUUCGAGAACUUACCUGCAGCGGAAUGGUUUAAACAACAACGAGAUGGAACUGGUGAUCCUGGCUGCAUCAACUUCAUGCAAAACAUGUCCAACAUCAUGCGUCUUACGGUGCUUUACAAAUACGGGGGUAUCUACCUUGACAGUGACGUGAUUGUCCUGAAAUCUUUUGACGGGCUCAGGAAUGUCGUUGGAGCGCAGAGCAGGAGCAUUGCAGUUGGAGAAUGGACCAGACUCAACAACGCCGUGCUGGUGUUCGAUAGAGAACAUCCAGUGGUGUACGAGUUUCUUCGUGAGUUUGUGGCCACUUUUGAUGGCAGCAAAUGGGGAUGGAAUGGGCCUUACCUUGUAACCAGAGUGCUGCAGAAGGUGAAAGAACAGCAAUGGCAGAAUUGCUCCUCUGUCUCAGUCCUACCAUUGGAAGCUUUCUACCCCCUCAACUGGGUCGACAUUGUUGCUUUUUUUCAUGCCCAUUCCGAGCAUGAUCAGAGGUGGCAGGUAGUUCAUCAACCUAGAUUUAUUUGAAAUGCAAUUAAAAUCUGCGUAAACUGUUCAUUCAAUAUGGAGAAUGUUUCAAUUUUUGCACAAACUAAUGAGUUGGUAUAGUACUAUUCACAUUUAAGCAGUGAACUGCGUGUAGCAACAAUGUAGCACCAAUGUAGUGAAGGAAGGGUGUUCUUCAAUAUCAAUACAGGCAACCAGGUAUUCUUCAAUCAUUUUAGAGCUAAUGAAUCGACUCUCAUGAACGUACUCUGCAUUAUUAUUUGAACUAUUUUGAACGAGUGUAGUAUUUGGUAGUGUGCAAUAGGAGAUCAAUGUUGUCAAAUCAGGUUUUAGGCUCAGAAACUGAGGUUUGUAUUAUUAAAAACUGCCAAUGAAGCUUUGAGUUUAGUUACUCUUUUCAA